UGGCAGGGAAGUGUCACCAUUGCCAUUGGUCACUGUCAGUAACUACUGGUAUCAAUCAUGUUGGAGCUACUGCUGCUACAUCAUGCAGUAGGUUAGUUGGACAGUUGUGCACAGCAAGCUGCUAGCGUCAGAGCUCCUCCAUCUACGACAGUUAUUUCAAUGAAAGACUGAGUGAAUGACGAGCGUUGGAAAGGAGGGAUAUCGCGCCACGGCCAACGGGAAUGAACGGCGAAAGUUCGAACGUCAACCUGGCUAGAACUGCAUGCUCGGCCGACUAGGACUUGGCAUGGAAGACUAGCGAUGCUGUGGCUGGGCGGAGAAAGACUGAGACUGAGAGUGUUUCAAUGACAACCAGUCGGAGCUCGGAGUCCGACGCCUAAUUACCGUGACUCACUCAAUCGGCUAGGCGGCGGAAUGGGUUGUGGAAGUGGACUGGGUUUGGUGUGGGGCACUGCUGAUGAAGGAGACGAACGUACCAACGACGGCCAAGCAGGAUUGCUAGACCGGGAUAGCGGCGCGGGUACGUUCUGGGAGCGUAGCGGACUGAGACGUGUCCUAGCCGCCGGACAAGCACAACGCCACGACCUUCCGCUGGCCACGUACCUGCGUAAGAACGCUGAACGUGGUGACAAAACUGCACAGAGAGCUAGAUUCAAUACAUGUAUGCCGGAUGCCUUGAAAGCUUUGGGAGAUGUAGCCGAAGACGAAAGACCAGAUGAUAUGCAGGUGCUGAAGCAGCUCUUCAAGCAACUGGACCCAGCGGUCAUGCACCGGUCAUGUCAGGCACAGGGUCAAAUCCUGCUUGCCAUGCGUCACCGUGGCUACAAUCACUACGGUGAUGAGGGUGGCGCAAGUGGUGAUGAGGACGGCGCGGGCGUCGGCCAAUUGCUGAUCCACCUAAUCAGAGCACGAGAUCUUAUUGCUAUGGAUCUGAGGAGCAACUCUUCUGACCCCUACAUUACACUGGAGCUGCUACCUCGCACGGCAACGGCGUCCAAGGUCGUGCGCUCCAAGGUGGUGCACGAGCGACUGAGCCCAGUGUUCGACGAGUACCUCUCCCUGCCCAUCGCCCUGGACCAGGUGCGCAGUGCGUACGUGUGGCUGCGAGUGUGGGAUCACGAUGUGCUGAGUGAGGACGACCCGAUGGGUCAGGUCAUGAUACCGCUGCGGGACCUGGAAAGCGAGCUGGUGUGCGAGACACCGCAGCCUAAGUGGUACGACUUGAUACCAGAGAUGGACAUACCCAUAACGGGCAGCCUGGAGGUGACGUUGGACUGGCAACCUCCGCUGCAGCUGGGUUGUGUUGUACACAGCGCAGAGGGUCUAAUGCUCUGUCGCAGUCUAUCUCCAGACAGCAGCAGCAGCGGUGGUGACUAUGGACAUCUUCACACCACAUUACUCUGCUAUUUAAGCGGCGAGGAAAACACCGAGGUCUCCGAAGUUGUAUCUGGGACCACGACAAUGGACUACGAUACCCAGUUCUCAUUCAACAUGCGCGGCAAAGAUGUCCAAUCAUUGGCUCUACACUUGAGGAUCAUGACGUUACUGGAAGAUUGCCGGAGUCCUGAUGAUGAUAGCACGGAUGCUCGGCAUGCCUCCCCCUACAGCACCAGACAUGUGCCCGAUAUUGAAGAUGUGACGUACUCUGGCAUACUGGCCGGAGAGUGCCACAUUGACCUGGAGCGCGUGCAGGAGUUGCACGGACAAACGAUUACAAUUCCCCUCACAGAUCGGAGAGGUGAGGGUGAAUCAAACACAGGGACCAAGGUCUCCGCUCGUUCUCAAGAGCUACAGCAGGCUCUGCAAGCACACGCACUGUAUGGAUAUCCACACCUGCUCUUCAGCGGGGCAGCCUCUUCAUCUUCCACUAAGACUAAGGUUGUGCAGCUGCGCUGCUCGUCCACCAAGAGAACAGCCGAGAUGAGCCUGCGCAAUGGUGUGCCGCUGCUCCGGCGCUGAUGAAGGCUUCCCAGCACUGGUUGGCCUCAUCCUGCCUACUAGUGCUUCAACCAUUCUCAUGCACACAGUAUUCGAAUAGUACUACUGUGCAAGCAUGUCACGUUACAUGUACUAACAGAUGGCGUAAUAUUCCACCAUUCGUUUCUAGUGACCCCGAGAGCUGCACCUAUUCCGUGUCUGAUGGUCGGAAAGUGACAGCACCAGACUUGAUCUUUAAUUAAAUCCCAUGCAUGAACUGUAGAGAGCAUCAACCUACCACAUGCGCCAAGGCAUUGCCAUAAUACAAAACAAAUGAGCUAGAGUCAAGUUGAUUAGUUCUGCUUCCCAGCCACUGAGAGCCUUAUGGAUCUCCAAUACGGUUCUUUGAUGGUUCUACACUGUAAGGUUCUUCCUUUUUUGUCGUCUGAAUGAUGUAAAGCUUUAUAAAGAUCUUGAACUUCCCUUGAUAAACACAAUCAUCAAUACCUUGAAUGAUCAGCACAUAGUAAAAACCAGAGUAAAUGAGGUAACGUUGAAGGUAAAGCGUGCUAUUCUCUGUUUUCACUUUCCGUACGCGGUGCAUUGAUUUGAGAUUUGAAACAUAUUAUUAUCAUCUA